GAAGAUGAGCUAGACACGAUGCCGGGAGAGAUAUACUGUCCAUGGACGCCGGCGAGAUCACCGGUGGAGAUGACGUCUCCUUGUAGAAAGAGCAAAUCGACAGGAUCGUCUUCGACGUCGACAUGGUCGAGGAGACGUUGGAGAAUCAGAAACCUGCUCAAGAGAAGUCGCAGCGACGGGAAAGAAACACUCGAGUUCUUGAACACGAGCCCUGUUGACAACAUAGACAAAUCUUGUUCUUCUUCUCCUUGUCCGAAGAACAAGGAGACGGUGAAGACGAAGAGCAAGAAGAAGGAGAAGGAGAAAAUUUCAGUUUCAGCACAUGAGAAGUUUUACUUGAGGAACAAAGCAAUGAAAGAAGAAGACAAGAGAAAGUCAUAUCUACCGUACAAGCAAGAACUUGUCGGACUUUUCUCCAACAUUCACCGACACGGCAAAGUUUCUUCUCCGUUCUGAUCUGAUCCGUGACAACAACUAGAGUUUUGUUUGUUUGUGUUACUAUUUGUUUGUUUAUUAUCUUCA